AUGGCGCAGUCGCCGGCGAGCUCCGCGGCCGCCAUCCCGUGCGAAGGUAUUUCUUUCAUGCUUGCGCGCAUUUCCGGUCCCCGUCCGUCGCCGGCGGAACGACAGCUAGAACCCUUUUCCGGCGUUCGGUCGCUCACGCGGCGGUGGGUGGGCGCAGGGGAGCGGAAGGCGCCGGCGAUCAACGGGGAGCUCUGGCACGCCUGCGCGGGCCCGCUGGUGUCGCUGCCGCCGGUGGGCAGCCUCGUCGUCUACUUCCCCCAGGGCCACAGCGAGCAGGUUGCAGCUUCUAUGCAAAAGGAUGUGGAAGCACACGUACCAAGCUACCCCAAUCUUCCAUCAAAGUUGAUAUGUCUUCUACACAGUGUUACUUUGCAAGCAGACCCAGAUACUGAUGAGGUAUAUGCACAGAUGACUCUUCAGCCUGUAAAUACAUAUGCAAAAGAGGCAUUGCAGCUGUCGGAGCUUGCACUAAGGCAAGCCAGGCCACAGAUGGAGUUCUUCUGUAAGACGCUCACCGCAAGUGACACAAGCACACAUGGAGGCUUCUCUGUGCCUCGCCGUGCCGCAGAGAAGAUAUUCCCUGCCCUGGACUUCUCUUUGCAACCUCCGUGUCAAGAAAUCCAAGCCAGAGAUAUACAUGACAAUGUGUGGACAUUCCGUCAUAUAUUUCGAGGCCAGCCCAAAAGACAUUUACUUACAACUGGUUGGAGCCUCUUUGUGAGUGGCAAGAAGCUAUUUGCUGGUGAUUCUGUCAUAUUUGUUAGGGAUGAAAAACAUCAACUUCUACUGGGAAUCAGGCGUGCUAACCGACAACCCACAAACAUAUCGUCUUCGGUACUUUCAAGCGACAGUAUGCACAUUGGGGUCCUUGCUGCAGCUGCACAUGCCUCUGCCAACACCAGCCCAUUUACCAUAUUUUACAAUCCUAGGGCCAGUCCUACUGAAUUUGUUAUCCCAUUCGCCAAAUACCAGAAGGCAAUGUAUAGUAAUCAGAUCUCUUUAGGGAUGCGCUUUCGCAUGAUGUGCGAGACCGAAGAGUUGGGAACAAGACGGUACAUGGGUACGAUAACAGGAAUAAGUGAUCUAGACCCAGUGAGAUGGAAAAAUUCCCAGUGGCGCAGCUUACAGGUUGGGUGGGACGAGUCGGCAGCAGGUGAAAGGAGGAACAGAGUUUCAAUCUGGGAGAUUGAACCGCUUGCUGCUCCUUUUUUCAUAUGCCCCCAGCCAUUUUUUGGUGUGAAGCGCCCUAGGCAAUUAGAUGACGAGUCAUUUGAGAUGGAAAAUCUUUUGAAGAGAGCAAUGCCUUGGCUUGGUGAAGACGUGUGCAUAAAGGAUGCUCAAACCCAGACUGCUACAAUACCUGGCCUGAGCUUGGUUCAGUGGAUGAACAUGAACCGGCAGCAGAGCUCCUCAUUGGCUAGCACGGCCAUGCAGUCCGAGUACCUGCGAUCUGCAAGUAACCCUGCGCUGCAAAAUAUUGGCGCUGCCGAUAUUGCAAGGCAGUUAUAUAUGCAGAACCAUCUCCUUCAACAGAACAGCAUACAGUUUAAUCCUCCCAAGCUUCAUCAGCAAAUGAAACCUAUCAAUGAUUUGUGCAACACAUCACUUCCGUUGAAUCAACUUGGUGCCAUCAGGAAUCACCAAGAGCAGAAGCAAGACCAGCAGAGACAACAGCAGUCCAGUAACCAAGUGACCCCCCUGAGCCAGGCUCAAACUAAUAUUGUCCAGGCUCAAGUAAUUCUCCAGAAUCAGAUGCAGCAGCAGCCACAACAACAACAAAAACAACAAUCACCGUCUCCAGCUCAAAACCAGCAAGCGGCCAGUGGCCAACAGCUGUCUCAGUCUCAUCAACUACAAGACCAUAGUUUGCAACUGCAGCAGCAAAAGCUUUUCCUUCAGCAACAGUUACAGCAGCAGCAGCUAAAUAAGUUGCCUGGGCAGCUAGUUAAUCUGGGAAGUCAGCAAACACAAUUAACUGAUCAGGAACUCCACUUGCAGCUGUUACAGAAACUACAACAACAGUCAUUGAUGUCACAACCCACAGUUACACUCUCACGAUUACCACUAAUGCAAGAGCAGCAGAAUUUUCUUGUAGACAUGCAACAGCAGUUGCCGAAUUUGCAUUCACUUGCCCAGCAACAAGUGAUGCCUCAACAGGACUGCAGAACUUCUUCAUUGCAGACAACAGAACUGCCCCCUCCCAUGCAGCAAGAGAACCAGGAGAAGCCUUUACAGAAACAAGUUGCAUCUACAUAUGUACCAGAAGCUGCCUUUCCGCAAAUCUCAUCGACCAGUCUGAUAUCAAAAACUGGAAAUACUAUGAUAGUUCCAGGUGCUGCACGAUCUGCACUUACAGAUGAAAUACCUUCUUGCUCGACAUCCCCUUCCACAGCUAAUGGCAACCAUCUUGUGCAGCCAACCAUUGGCAGGAACGAGCAUUGCAAGAUGAACUCAGAUAAGGUGUCACAGUCAACUGCUCAGAUGUCGAUUCUGACCUCCAUUGAAGCUGCAACAGCAACUCCAGUAACGACCAAGGAAUUGCCAAAGUUGAAUAAUAGUGUUAAGCCAAGUGUGAUCACCUCAAAAUUACCAAAUGUUGUGUCUGGUCUUCAAAAUUUUAUGAGCAAUGCGCUGCCAACUGACAACCUGGAAACAGCUUCAUCAGCAACUUCUUUAUGGCCUUCACAAACAGAUGGACUUCUGCAUCAAGGUUUCGCCACGUCUAACUUCAAUCAGCACCAGAUGUUCAAACAUGAACUUCCUGAUGUAGAAAUUCAAGGUGUGGAUCCAAGUAGCAGUGGCAUGUUUGGGAUGAACAAUGAUAGCCCAUUAGGCUUCCCGAUGGAAACAGAAGGCUUGUUGGAAAAUGCACUAGAUUCUGUGAAGUAUCGGAAUCAUUUCUCAACUGAUGAUGAAAACAACUACCGAAUGCCAAAGGAAGCCCGUCAAGAGAUGUCGACCUCCAUGGUUUCACAGUCAUUUGGUCAGUCAGAUAUGGCAUUCAAUUCCAUUGACUCUGCAAUCAAUGAUGGUGCCUUAUUAAACAGAAGUUCUUGGCCCCCUGCCCCACCACCCCAGAGGAUGCGUACAUUCACUAAGGUGUACAAACGUGGAGCUGUAGGCCGGUCUAUUGACAUCGGUAGGUUCUCCGGAUAUGGAGAACUGAAUCAAGCUUUGGCCCGGAUGUUUGGUAUAGAGGGGCAACUUGAAGACCGCCAGAGAAUAGGUUGGAAGCUAGUCUACACAGAUCAUGAGGACGAUGUUCUACUUCUUGGCGAUGACCCAUGGGAAGAGUUUGUGAAUUGUGUGAAGUGCAUUAGGAUCCUGUCCCCUCAAGAAGUGCAAAAGAUGAGCUUGGAUGGUGAUUUGGGGAGCAAUGUCCUUCCCAACCAGGCUUGCAGCAGCUCAGAAGGUGGGAACGCUUGGAAGCCUCGUUAUGACCAGAACUCUGGAAACCCUUCCAUCGGCCCCUUUGACCAAUUCGAAUGACCUGAUUUUGAGGUUCAUUCACGUAGAGUUGCCACUAGAAACUGUAGAUGUGCCAGCUUAUAGCUGUGAGGGGAAAUGCUCCUCAGAUUAGGUUUUCUUUUGGAUAUAUAUGUAGUUUUUAGCAGUUGAAACUAGUAGGGAUGACCGGAAGAGAAUUGAUACUUGCCUAGAGUUAAUGAGAGACAGAGGAUUAGGCAAAUCUGAAGACAGUGUGUUCAUUUGACCGACUACUGUUGGGA